GGUAUCUCGCGUUCACAAGAUAUCGUGUUAUUAUCAGUGAACUCUGCCUUUCCAUAUCUUGCAUCUCUCCUCCUGUCCCAGUAAACACUGUUAUGGCAAAUGUUCCUCAAGAUCGAGAACGUGAACAGUGAACCUCAACAAUGGCUGACGUUCCGCAAAAUCGGGACCGGGAUAAGAAGAUAGGGCGUUUUCAAGAACUAUUCAGAGGUCGAUUUUCAAUAGCACAAGCUCAGCGACUGUUGGAACAUCACCAAUGGGACCUAAAUGAAACGGUGUCAUUUGUAUUUGAAGCGGAACCAAGACGAAUCACGGAAGUCUCCCAGAGCGAAAACGAAGGGUGGCAGGUAGUUUUAAAUAACAGAGUUUGGCGAGAGCUUGCCAGACAGAGAGAAAUCCCGGGUAUUGAAACACGACAAUUCGCUUGUGGUCCCUGUGAUAAGGUGUGGUGGAGACGAGUACCCGGACGAAAACUCGUCUCCAAAUGCUUUAGAUGUAGAGUGAGAUACGAAGCUGUACCUAAGGACAAGGAAUGGGGCAUUGCUGAGUACGUCUGUGACCAGUGUAACAACGUCUUUAAAGGGUUUGGACAAAUGAAUAACUCUUGUAGUCCCUGCUACAAUUGUGGAAAUAGAGUACAACCCGCCAGAAUAUUUCCUCCUACAAUGCGCAGCACUUGGCAUCGUGGACGUCACACACAUUCCUGUUUCGCCCACAAUUGCUUUAACAGAGCACAGGGUGAAAUUCUCCCUGGAAUAUGCGUACAUCCAAGAUCGCUACCUCGGAAAGUAGUGACACCGUGCAAUCCACACAUCAGCAGUGGUUCUACAGUAGAUACAUUCCUCACUCAAGACGACCUAGCAUCCAUGAUAUCAGGCAGCUCACGUCCAAAUCUUUCAGAUAUUGAUGAAGACUAAUAAUUUAAUGUACUCAGUUUAAAAUUGAAAGAUAUCCCCAUCUUUUAAAAAGCGACAGUUGUAAUAAUUCAGGCAUGUCAAUAACAACUUAUUUGAUAUUAAUUCAGGCAUGUCAAUAUUUACCUUAUUUGAUAGAGCACUCAAGGUGAGUGUGAAUGGUCAGCGUGGGAUGCUUACUCCUCUCGUACACACGAUCCUACACCUGGUGUAUCCAGUGGUGCAUGUUUGCCCUGCUCGCAAUGUCUUGUAUUCUUAUAAUUUUUAAAAAAUUCAGACUGA